AUGAGACAAAUCAAAAAUAAAAAUGCUUUUAUGUACGAAACAAUUCGACCAAAAGUUGUACAUACAGCUAUAAAAUAUUUUGUUGAACAAGAACUAUAUAAAGAUGAAGGCAUUGUUAUAUCUAAUAAUUGGCUGAACGAAUAUUCCAAUGAAAGAGAAAAUUUUGUUGUUAAUGAUGAAGAUAAAAAAUUUGUUGAGAAUGAAAACACAGGAAAAGGUUUUGAUGACGAUGACAAUUGGAAUGAAUGUGACGAUAAGCCAAUCAAUCCAGGAGCUACUGAAACAUUAUUAAAUGAUGAGAUUGAUGAUCAAAAUGAUAUUGGUAUUAAAUUUGCUCCGGGAGAGAAUAACAAGCCAAUAUCUAUUUUGAUGGAUUUGAAAGUCGAUGAGUUAACAUUUCCAAAAAUUUAUUGUGGAAAACAAAGAAAAAUCAAACCAAAUGUUAAAUUGACUUAUGCUAAAAUUGCCAAGUCAGAACUAAGAAUGUUUGAUCGAAGAUGUGGAAGAGUAUCGAAACUAUUUUUUACAUAUAAGAAACUACAAACAAGAAAGUUCUCUGAUGCUAUUUCAAUAAAUUUGAGAAAAACAAAAAAUACAAAAAACGUAACGGCUACACAGAUGCUCAAUCGAGAUUAUGUAAAUGGAUCAAUACAUAAUGAUGAUGGUUUUACAUUCUUAAGAUGUGAUCGAUCUUCACCAGCAUUUUGGGAACUAAAAAAGAAAGAAGUUAUGGCAAUGAUCAGGCAAUUAGGAUGUCCAACACUAUUUUUAACAUUAUCAGCAGCAGAAACACAGUGGUCAGAACUUAUUAUAAUAUUAACUCAAGUUUUGGAAAAUAAAGUAAUAACAUUAGAAGAAGCAGAGAGUAUGAGUUAUGAAAAGCAAUGCGAUUUGAUAAGAAAUGAUCCUGUAACACGUGUUCAUUAUUUUGAACAUAGAUUAAAAUGUUUAUGGGAAAUAUUAUCAGCUCCUUGUGGUCCAUAUCAAGGCUAUGAAUUAGUAGACAAAUAUGUCAGAACUGAAUCUCAAGUUCGUGGUUCACCACAUGUUCAUGCUCUACUAUGGUUAAAGAAUGCUCCAAAAUAUGACGAAAAUAAUCCUGAAUCAAUUGAAAGUUGUAUAGAAUUUAUUGAUAAAUUGAUUUCGGUUAGUUCUAAGCCAACGAAGUUUUCUGAAGAACUUAUCAAUUUGCAAAGUCAUAAGCACUCACAUACUUGUAAAAAAUAUGUAAAAGAUUGUAUUAAAUGUCGUUUUGGUAUUCCAUAUUUUCCGAUGAGAAAAACGAUGAUUUUAGAACCAUUUAGUGAUGAUGCAAAAGUUAACUAAGAAAGAACGUGAAGAGAUCAGCAAAAAUAGACAGAAUGUAAUCAAAGAACUUGACAAAAUAUCAAAAUAUCAAGAUAAUUCAUUAACUUUUGAAGAAUUCUUGAAACAUGUAAAUAUGAAUGAAGAAGAAUAUAUUAAAAUGAUUCGAGCUGAAUUGAAAAAACCGAAAGUAUUCUUGAAACGUGGUCCAAGUGAAAUCAGAAGCAAUGCAUACAAUCCAAUGAUAAUGUCAUUGCAUAAAGCAAAUAUGGACAUUCAAUACAUUCUUGAUCCUUAUGCAUGCUCGAUGUAUUGUGUUGAUUACAUCAACAAAUCUGAAAAUGGCAUGUCUAAACUUCAAAGAGAAGCACUGAAUGAGCUAAAAAAAGGCAAUAACACAGUCAAAGAACGACUUAGAGUUAUUGCAAAUAAAUUUUUGAAUUCAAGCGAAAUUUCAGCACAAGAAGCUGUUUAUCAUAUUUUAAGUAUUCCACUUUCAAUCAGUAGCAGAAGC